UGUAAUGUGAUAUUUGAUUCUGUACUAUGUUCACUCUCUAUUAAUACUUUGCAGUUGACAGUGUACGGUCAUGAUAUAAAUAUAUAUGUAAAUACCUACAUAAACAUUGAGUUGAGUUUUUUUGAAAGUCGGUGAUAUUUCAUAGAAAAUUCAUUUGAUAUGUCGACUGAUCAUCACAGUGGUAAGGGUUAUGCACCCUUGCCACAAAGCAUAAGCAAUACUGACACCGAAGAUGAAGAAGAUUGUUUAGCUCAACAAAACGAACCACCCAAAGAACAUACAGACGACGCACUAGCGGAAUCGACAAUAGUACACGAGAAUGGAAUAUAUUAUCCUUUGGAUGAAACAAAAAAUACAACAAAUCGAAUAAAAAAUGGGCAAAAUAUGCUUAAAUAUUACAGAGACGAUAUACCAAUAAUGGUAAUUGAAGGAAAUGAUCAAAAUGACUUGUGGAAACCACGAGACAUGUCUCCUCUUCGACGAUUUUGUUUGAUCGCAUCUAUAUUACUAUGUAUUGUAACAAUAGUUGUAUUUUUAUAUGUUUUACCUUGUGAUAAUUCUAUGGUCUGUCCUACAAUUUCUGAACCUAAAUCAUCAAUAUCGUGGCAUAGAACUUUACGAGGAGUAGAAUUACAUGGGCCUAUCUCUAUUAUCGAAGAAAAACCGACUAAUCUUAUAUUUCUUGUUCGUGGGCAAAAAUACAGAGGAAAUGAUACGAAUGAAAGUCCAGGACAAAUAUCAGCAGACGGAGGGGGUGUUAUGUCAAUGAAAGAAAACAGUGGUGUGCCAUUAUGGCUAGUUUCAUUGAAAAGACCACCUACCGAAAUAGACUGUAUUUCAGUUGAUACUGAUCAGUCUGGAAAACCAGACUGUAUAGUUGCUGGUGAUCAAGGCCUUUUAGCUAGUAUCGAGCCUAUAGCAGGCAUUAUACAUUGGAGUUCAAAAAUCCAUACAUUUGAAAAACUACCCGUGAUUUUACCAGAUAUUGAUUCGGACGGAGUCGCAGAUUUGUUGAGCGUAGAAGUAGCAAUAAAAAAUAUGCCGAAUGUUGUUCUUUUAUCGGGAAGGACUGGUCAUCUGUUAGGAAGAUAUUCGCCUGGAAACUGUUCAUUAAUUGAUAUAUAUAAUCUUAUUUCUAAUGAUACUGUGUCUUAUAUUUGCAAUGGUAGUAACAAAAGAAGUGUUAUUAAAACAAUGACCUUCGUUGGGCUACUUCAUGCUAUGAAGUUACCAGAGUCAUAUAAGCAGUUUGCAAUGAAACCAGGAGUAUUUCGUAUGUUUAAAACAUUGAAAUUUGAUGAUGAAAAAUUCAAUUGGCAGCCUACACCACAUCAUUAUCUAUCUAUAGAAAAUGAAGGUUCAUGUCCUGGAGAGUUUUGUAGGGCUAGUAUAAAUUUAACACUGCAAACGACUGGUAAUCAACCAAUAACCAUAUGGGAUCAUGUUAGUUCGAAUUCUUUCGUAUCGAAACCAGCUUUCUUAGUUAUGUCUGGAAAUCCUUAUACUUCUGGAUUUGCCAUUAAAUUUUGGCAAUGGAUUGAUUCAGUAACUGAACAUACAAAGAAAGUAUCCGCUAUUACAGAAAGAAGAUUAAUUGAAAGUGUAUUAAUAGUUUUUGUAAAUUAUACAGAUGUACAAGUUAUGAAUGCAAGUCAAAGUGAUAUUACUCAAUUAUGUCGUGACUCAGAUUGUCAACCAAAUUUGAAUUCGCGUGCACGUUUCAGUUCGAUCAAAAUUGAUUAUAUAAGUGAAGAUGGAUUCCCAGAAUUAAUAACGUAUUGGUCUUCAUACAAUGUAGAAUCACCGAACGUCUUAACAUCUAAGGUGCAAGUUGUAAAAUUAGACUCAAUCGUGACUAGUUUGCCACGCAUAAGUGUUUAAUGAUUUUCAUUUUUACCUAGCAGCUACACUUGUUUCAAAAUACAUUACUCCAGCUUCACCACACAAAAGUAAAUCUAAUAAACAACAACGAAGCGAAACGAAAGCGUAUGCAUGUUUCGUGAAUAUAUUUAAGUAAAUUUAUUACUCGCAAUGACUGGGGAUAAAAUCUCUUAGAACUAGUCAACACAUUAACAGUAACGAAGCAAUGAUUUUCAUGGUUGCCUAAUUUAUUACGAGAACAUUUUCCAAAAGAUAAUUUUCAUACUAAGCGGCCAUUGUUAAUGUCUACAUAUUUUAAAACGAACUCUCAAUGGUGCCUUGCAAAAGUUAUAUAGAAGAAUCAUGAGCAUAUGCAUAAAAUUUAAAUUUGCAAAACUGCUCGUAUGUUAUUAGAAAACAUAUUACACGUAUGUUUCAUAAAGUCCUGAGAAAAAAAAAUAGCAAAGUUCCUUUUCUAACAUUACUUAGUAGUGCGUGUGAGAUAUUUUUUUGUGUAAAUCUAUUAUUCAUCUUGAAUGAAUUGUUUCCUACAAAGAAUAGAGCUUAUCGCAUACUAAUGCUAGUGCAAUAUCAUAAAAAAUUCAAUAGUAAAUAAAAAUCUAACUCUAGUCAAAUUUAUAUUAUUGUAUUCUUUUUACCUUGAAAUUAUGUAUUUAUAAAUUAUUAUACAUUUACUAUUUAUCAUUCCAGAGUACAAUGUUGUUCCCUUGAUUUAUUGUAAAAAUUGUUUCAUUAUCAAAUGAAAGUAUACCAACCUUAAAAUAAACGGUACUAAUUACA